CGUAGCAUUCGAUAAUAAAAAAAACAAUUGACGCUUGACUUUGAUAAAAGAAGUGGAUGCUUGGCUGUAACCCUUUAUCUUGUGUUAUUCGUUUAUUUAUUGCACUGCCCAACAAGUCGAUAAUCACCAUCUCAAAUACACCUGCAAAAAAGGAAAACGAAGAGGGAGGAGAAAAGAAUCAAAUCAAAUAUGGUGGUUGUCGGAGAUGUGAUUGCAAGCAAAAUCAUUGAGAAGCUGGUGGACGUUGGGUUUGACUACGCAGCAGACCAGUUUUUUGCUCGGCGAAGACGAAUGAACGACGAGCUUCAAAGGCUCAAGGAUGCUCUUCCUCGUAUCCGAGCUGUCGUAAACGCAGCGGAGAGCGGGCAAGGAGAAAUAACCGGAGACCUCGACGAAUGGCUAUGGCAACUUAAGGAUGCUGUCUACAUGGCCAGUGACGUCCUCGACGAUCUCGAUUAUACUGACAUACAGAAGCGAGCGGAGGCGGAUGCUGCAGGAAGCGGGCCUCGUGGCAGCAAGGUGAGCGGUUUUAUUUCCGAUUCUAAACGAAGAGUUUCCAAGUUUAGUAAAAGAGCCUUUAAAUCCGACCCCACCCUCGAGAAGCUAAGGGGGGCUGUCAAGAGGCUAAGUGAAGUGGCGGCAGGCGUUGAAGUUUUUAACAGUUUGGUAACAGAGCGUAACCAACAACAACAACAACAACAACAGCAAGAACAACUUCGUGAAACUGGACCUAUUGUAAGGGAGAGAGAUGUGCUGGGAAGGGAUGGGGAUACGAAGGAAGUGUUACAGUGGUUGCUGAGGGCGCCCAUCGCUAAUGAGGAUCACGAGGGCAUCUCUGUUUUCUCCAUUGUGGGCCUCGGAGGAGUUGGAAAGACAACCCUUGCACAAGUCGUCUACAGGGAUGACACCUUACAGAGUUCCUUUAGCAUCAAAAUUUGGGUGUGUGUCUCCACUCGCUUUGAUGUUAAAAAGAUUAUGGGAGACAUCCUACAAUACGCUACUAAUAGGAGACCUGACGUUGGAGGACUUGCCCGACUACAGGAAGAUCUCGAGGCCUUGGUGUCAUCUAAGAAAUUUCUCCUCGUCUUGGAUGACGUUUGGAAUGACGACGAUCUCUCUAGUUGGCAGACGUUGUUUGCUCCGAUGAGGUGUGGACUUAAAGGAAGUAAAAUCAUUUUAACUGCCAGAUCAAAGAAGGUCUCCGAAAUGGCUACACUAGCUUUGGGAGGGACAGCAAACCAGUCAAAGAAAUUAAUUCCCUUGGAUAAAAGUAACUUCUUAUCACUUUUCAACCGAUACGCAUUUGCUGGAACAAAUCCCCAUAAUCAUGGGAAGCUGCAAUCAAUUGGCGAGCAAAUAGCUGGAAGGCUUGGAGGCUUGCCGCUGGCUGCCAAGACGAUUGGAGCGUUAUUGCGUUCUAACUUGGAUGACAGUCACUGGACGAAUAUUCUGCAAUCUAGUCGUAUAUCAGAUCAUGGACCACAGAGAGAUGGUGUGAUGCCGGCUCUGAUGUUGAGCUACUAUUAUUUACCGAAGCACCUAAGACCUUGUUUUGCAUUUCUCAGCACCUUUCCUCAAGAUCACCGGUUUCUCAAAAGCGAUCUAGUUUUAAUGUGGAUGGCGCUCGGCUUCAUCCAACAAUCUCCUCAGAAUCUAGCACAGGCACCAGAGGAUAUUGGAAGCCGCUACUUUGAUGAGUUAGCCAAACUGUCAUUUCUUGAACAAUAUGAUAGUUGGAUAAAUCCCUCAACUCAAUAUGAUAGUUGGAUAAAUCCCUCAACUCAAGGACGGGAAGAAGAGUACAUCAUGCAUGAUCUUUUGCACGAUCUGUCAAGCAAAGUAUCUCAUGGUGAAUGCUUUACGUUUGUUGGAAAUAUGUCAAUCAACCAGAUCCCAAACACAGUACGUCAUUUGUACUUUGUAACCGGUGAUCUUGGUCUUCUCAAAGAUAUGGACAAAUGGAAAAACUUGCACACCCUGAUUUUAAAAUUCAAUGGAUACAAUGAUGAGCAUGCCGUGGCUUUCCGACAAGUGUUUGAAUCACUAGAAAGCAUUCGAGUAGCAGAGGAGUAUGAAAAGGUGCUCGAUUGCCUCCAUCCGCCUGAUAGCCUCAAGGAACUCGAAAUCGAAAGGUACCGAGGUGCAAGGUCUCCAUAUUGGAUGGAAAAAGGUUUGUUAAAAAAUCUAGAGCGCGUUGUUCUUUCCGAAAACGCAGCUUGGAAGCACCUUCCUUCUCUCGGGAAGCUUCCCUAUCUCAGUGAAUUGAGAUUGGAUUCACUAACAGGACUCGUGCAAAUUGGCUUUGAAGGUGGAUUUCAGCAACUGAAGAUUUUAGACAUCCGGCUUUGUGAACAAUUGGAAGAGUGGUCCGGAUUUGGAGCGGAGACGGCACCUUGCUGGCCUCUCCUUGAAUAUCUCGGAAUCCGGUGGUGUCCCAAACUGAAGGCAUUGCCUCCUCUGCCCCUAAGCCUACAGAGCUUGGAGUUAUGGGGUGUGGGACUGUCUGAUUCUCCAACAUUCUUCCCGGCUACUCCAUCCUCGUCCUCCUCCUCUCCUUCCCUCACCCACAUGGAGAUUGCAGGAUGUGAAAAUUUAACAUCAGUGGCCGGCUUGUUUCGGCAUCGCCUCAGCGCCCUCAGGAGGUUGAGGAUUAGAUGUUGCGAAGCUCUUGCGGAUCUGCAUGCAGAGGAAGGCUUUCAGCAUCUGCGCUCCAUCGAAAGCCUAGCGAUUGGAUAUUGCCCAAAGCUGAAGAUGGCUACCGACGCGGUCGCCCUUACUUCUCUUUCCUACCUUACACUGUCAGGUUGGAACCACAUAACAUCCUUUCCCUCCGAAGAGGCGUGCAGAAGAUUAACUUCACUAAAAGAGCUGACAUUGGAAGACUGUGGAGGGCUGAUGUCAGUUGAGGGUCUAAAGGCUCUUUCCCACCUUAAAAGGCUAUGGAUUGAGAAGUGUCCCAAGCUCGUGCAAGCAUCAGCAGUAGCAGCAGCGCCAAUUAAGGGGAAGGAGGAGGAGGAGGAGGAGUUCACAUUAACCGUCGGCGAUCUUAGCAUUGAUGACCCCUUGCUGCUCCACGUUGAACCAUUGAGAAAACUCACGUCUGUCACACAUCUAUGCAUAGCGGACUGUGGGAAUCUGGAGAGUGAGGGAGACAUCAACUCGUGGUUGUUGCGCAACAGAACUUCGCUGCGAUCCAUCUUCCUGGGAAAGUACAGUACUGCAAAGUCGCUGCCUCGUAGCCUCCAAGCCCUCUCUUCCCUGGACUCUUAGAAAUCAGCUGAUAGCAUUGCU